AUGCUCCUCCGCCUGCGCUCCAGAGACGGCCUGGAGCGGGUCAAGGUGGCGGAUGACGCCACCGUGGCCGAUCUUCGACAGGCCAUUGCCGCUGAUCUCUCGAUUCCCGUGGACGAUUUUGUUAUCUCACAAGAGCCCACACUGCUGACUGCCAAGGAUGGCGAGUCCGUGCAGACCCUGUCUGCCCUGUCCAAAAGCCUCAAGGGCCUGGGCAUCCAGCAUGGCGACACCCUCUUUAUGAAGUAUGGCAUCAAGCGCAGCAUCCCCGGCCCACCCCGGUCAACGUUCGAAACCAGGCCCUUUGGCGCCCACAUGGACGUGCGGCGCAUGGUGGCUGCCCAGACCCGCAUCGAGCGCCAGGAGACCGCGGCCUGCUCCAGCGCGUCCUUUGAUGCGGAGGCUGCCCACGCUUUCCAGUCCUACGUGUCUGCUGCCCUGGCCUUCAGCAUCAAGCGGGGGGGCAUCCUGUAUGGAGUCGUUGGCGAGGAGGGCGCCGUGCAGGUGCAUGCCAUCUAUGAGCCGCCGCAGUCUGCCACAGCAGACUCGCUGCAGCUGGAGCGAGGCACUGAGGAGGAGGCGGCAGCUGACGUCAUCGCCACCACUCUUGGGUGGACCAAGGUCGGCUGGGUAUACAGCCAGAGUGUGAAGGAGCGGGAUUUUAUAGAUGAGAUUGGGGAGACAGCUGUCACUGCCAUGGUGGCUGCCUUCCCCGGGGACGAUGGGCAGGUGGAGGUCCAUGUAGAGGCCUUCCAGGUCUCCAGGCAGUGUGUGAAGCUGUGGAAGGAGGGCUGGUUCCAGGACCAGACGGAGCCGAGCGGAGUCACCACCCUUCGAAACCCCAAGGAGCCUGGCAACGCCACGCCCGUCAUUGUCGCGGGGAAGGACCAGGGCGAGGUGGACAACGACUACUUCCUCAUGCCUGUGUCCAUCAAAGACCAUGUGGGCCCCCUCGAGAAUGCCUUCCCCUGUGAGAACAGGCUGCUGCCCCAAGGGAAAGCGGAGCUCAGGGCGCACCUCCAGAAGAGGAGCGGGAAGCCCUUUGCGGAGCGCCUGGCCGACUUCCAUCUCCUGCUCUUCCUGGCCCGCCAGCCCAACUUCGAUCUCACAGAGGUCGGGCACCUCACGGCGGCGGUCGCCGCCAAGGAGCCGGUGGGGGAAGGGUACGAGCUGCUCAUAGAGUCCCUGGCGGGGAUGUAA